AUGAGCAAGAGCCCUUUUCCUCAAGACCAGCAAGUCAUCCAACUUACGACCCUACAGGGCGCCGCCCAGGGCAGCGCGAGUUUGACUACCUCAAGUCCCGUCCAUUCUCAGCAGCAGCAACUUGCUUUCUCCGGGGACAUCGAGGCCAGCGCUGGGAGUAGCACUGUCGGGCCCCACCCAUAUCCUUACCGACCCCAACUUACCGACCCCAACCCUCAGGGUGACAAAGCCGCCGAAGCUGAAGCUGUGGCCUCCGUGCUGCCCGUCCUGAAUGAUCAUUUGAAGCGCGGUGUUAAGCAGCAGCAAGUCGCCCACCCCCCAGAGGCCAUGGAAUCAAUGGAAGGAGAGGGUGGUCUAGAAGGCGACGACGAGAGGGGGCAGCCAUCGGGAACAGUGGCGACUGAGGAUGAAGAAAUGGAUGCCAAAUGCACCUCCAUAUCCAAUCGCUCCUCCCUCACCCCCGCCGCGCAACCUCAAGCUAACCCUCACGAGUUUUCGCAUGGCCCCUGGAACGAUCCAGGGCCCCUCCUACAAUCGCUUCCACCCCGUACUCCAGAAUAUCAUUCAGGACGUUCAGAACGGAGACCAGGGCUUCAGCUUCGGGGGCAUACACCCAACGACCGUGAAGGAGACUAUGGAAGUCAACGUCCCCUGGACAGCACCACCCUUCUUGACGUUCUUCAAGCACCUCCUGCUAUACCUCAAGAGCAGCAAUCCCGAGCGCCAAAAUCUCAAAAACCGGUACACAAGCUUCCCAACGAUGUUAUUCAAGUUGAAGAGUGCGAGUCGUCCGAGUGA